AUGGAUCAGUUAUUUCAUCAUGUUUUAAUUACAAACAAAUAUCUAUCAAAGUUGAUAUGGAAUCAAGUGCCUGUAGUACAUAGAGUAUUGCAAAUCGAUGCAAAGAAGGAGUCUGGAAUGUUGUCGUUGGCAGACUACAUCACCUAUGGUAUCACUGAUCGAUUCAUCCAAUCAUUUACAUUGGAUUAUGUUAAUACUGUCAUUGAUCGAUCUAACCCAAGAUAUUAUUCAGAGUUGUUUGAAUUAAUAUUGAAAACAAAGAAUCAAGUUGCAAUGAUUCAUAUGAUUGAUAUAUUAACUCGAGUUGAUAGAUUUAUAUUCGAACCACAUACACCGUUAGCAAUGAUCAUCAAUAUUGAAAUGGUUACAACACUACAACAAUAUCUUACAAGACCUACUUCACCAAACAACACAUUUAAAUUCAAACAAAGUGAUUCACUGUAUGAAGUAAUGUUGGUAUCAUCAUUUUAUUAUGGUGAUUUGGAGUUACUAAGAUCAUUGAUGAACGAGAGAAAUGAUGAAAAGUGUAUACCUAUUCCUACACAACGUCAAAUAUUCUAUCAUUUCAAUAAUCUUGCAGAACCCAAAGACAAUUACAAGAUCAUCGUCAUGAAUGUAGAUUUCAAUGUGUUGGAACAAAUGUUGAUAGAGAUUAUAACCAAAUGCUCAAAGGUGUUUGAUAGUGUAGCAUGGAGACGAUUGCUUAGAGACUCGCUUACACUCAAUCUCAUCAAGGUGCUAGAGCUCAUCGCUAGUCUCUACAGUAUCCAAUCCCAACGAAUCGCAUCGGCCAAGGAAGAAGAGAUCCAUUUGGAUACGAAUAUCCUCAUUGAACUUGAAUCAUUCCCUCCACGGUGCACAACCCAACACCUCGAAUUGUUUCAUACUGCCAUUGUCAAACAUCUAAAAGUCGUAUGUCCUUACACCCAAGUCGCUGUCGACAAUGACAACAUUGACUAUUUGGUCUAUUGUAGCAAGAAUUUUAGUGAUUUCUGGAAGAUCAAUGGUCUAUCCAUAUUUGACAGUGCACUCAAAACAGGCAAACAUCGCAUCACUAAUUAUAUUUUAGAUAAUAGUGUAUUGUUGGAAUGUAAAAAAAACAAUAAUAAUAAUAAUAAUAAUAAUAGUAUUAUCUCGAUCGAAGAUAUCUCGUCACAACUCAUCUCUCUUAAAAUGAUCAACUGCCUGUUUGAAUUGGUCACCAUCCACUCUGAUAUCCUUUCAGGUACAUUUUCAAAGUUUUUGGGACGGGCUAUUCAAGCACAAGAUUAUUCAUUGGCAAAGUACUUGUUGAACGAGAUCAACCAACAACAAGACGAGGCAGCCACCGUUUGUGUUAAAAAUGAUUUAGAUUUUGCAUUUGAAAUGGCAUUAAUGUCAGACAAACAAAUUGCUUUGGAGAUGCUCGCCUCGUACUCGAAGAAAAAAGGAGUGACUCUGAUCUUGCCACUCAAAUCAAUGAGUGUUAGCUCGGCAGAAAACCAAUGCUAUGUCUUGGAGAGAUUCUCAGCGGCUUGUCCAAUUGAAGAAUUGGUCAUACCGCCGGGUGUUCGUGUGAAUCGAGACACUAUUAGAAUCGUACGAUCGCUUGGUGGUGACCCAAUGAAAAUCUUUCCUUUGAAAGGUCUUAUAAAUGCACAUCUGGAUGGAGACCUGUCGUUGCUAAAGUCACUUGUGCAGUCCCAACCUCUGUACACUCCACAUGACGGUCUAGUCGAAAAGAUAUGUCAAUUUUACAGUGCACAACAUUUACAAUGUCUUGAAGGCGUAGAUUAUGCAAGACAAGAUAAAUUUGGACAACUCGUAGAGUUGGCCAUUAUCAACCAAAAUCCAACCAAUGGAUUAGAGAUCAUCAAACUAUUAUUCGAUCAAGUAAAGAACAACGAGGAUCUAUCAAAUGCAGACAAACAAAAACUGUAUGACUCUGAACAGGGAUUUAUUCAAUUUGCAUUUUCACACAAACAUGUCGAAUCUUUAAUGAUGGACGACGAUGAUUCAAUAAUCGAGUAUUUUUGGAAUGAUUUGUAUUCUGGUCAAAAAUACAAAGAUAAAAGAAUCAUUUUAAUGGGAUUCCACAAGUUUAAUAGCGGCGUACAAAACUACACACUUUUAAGAUUAGGUCCUCCAAUUGCAAAAAAACAAUUCAUCAAGGUGAUUGAUAAAUUAUUACAACUGUCUGAACAGGCAAUGAAUGGAAAUCAAAAAGAUAUUAAUGAAAUUAGAGAUUAUAUUAUUUCUUUCAACUUUUGCAACAUAGAAAAAUCACCGCACCCAACAUAUCAAAUUAUAAACCAAUAA